AUGCGUUCCCUUCUCUCUUUCUUGCUGCUGCCUCUAAUCCUCGGCUCAGUAUCUGAUGCUGCACCUUCAAACGAUUCUCAGGACCUGCUCUGGGGAACGUACAGGCCGAAUCUCUAUUUUGGUCUACGGCCGCGCCUCCCCCAGUCUCUCUUGACAGGAUUAAUAUGGUAUGGAACGCAGGAUUUCAGGUCAUUCCAAAAUGCUCGCCACGCCUGUGAGCAGGGCGAUGGUCUGGCGGGAUACACUUGGACGGAACAUGACCCGCGCGAGGGAGGCGUACAAGUCUUAAAUGAUCCAAUGAACAAUGUAAAAGUGACUACUGAACUCCUAAAAGUAAACGGAGGCGAACAUGGCGGCAGCUGGGCUGCCAGAGUCAAAGGCGAACCUCUGGAUCCUGAGAUACCAUCCCGGACCUCAUUCAUAUUCUAUUUCGGCGUGGAUGGACUGGGAGGAAUCGACAUGGAUACGGAUGAGGACGAGAAUGGAUUAGAAGGCACGGUAAAGUUCUCUGGUAGCACACCAGAUCUCGGAGAUUUCUCUAUUAGAGUGGAGGACGGUCCAAAUAACAACUUCGUCACAAAUGCGCCCCAUGCCCACGCCUUCGCCGAGCGCAUUGGGAAAACACACUUUUUGGGAUUAAGAAUGCCCCCAGGCGAAAUUUGGAGAGCCAGAGAGCAUGUUAUGAACAGUGUUCUGAAAAACGCGCAGGCCGCAAUUGAACCAUAUCAAGAUCCUGCGAAAGGUGCCCCAGACCCAUCUUUUGUACUCCAACUUCCAGACGAAGUUUACUCGGCAAGCAAUCUCUACGCUGUUCAAAAGUCGUUCGAUGGGGAAUUUCAAUUUGAUGUUUUCUUCGAAAGUGCGAGCACCAAACAAAAGUUGGACUCAUCGCUCCUCGACAACGGAAUCCCCGCAUUCAAAGAAAAGUUCGCUAGACGGUUCAACGAGAAAUUCCCGAUGCCUGCUGGCUCAUCGGAGUCAUUAAUAGCUUUCUCAAAAGCUAUAACUUCGAACCUGUUGGGUGGUGUUGGUUAUUUCUACGGCGACUCAAUCGUCGACCCAAGCAUAAAACAGGAAUGGGAUGAGGACGAAAUGGAAGACGUAGAUGAGAAGUCAGGUCCACAGAUGACGGAACCGAAGGCACUGUUAACAGCGACUCCAAGCCGAAGCUUCUUCCCAAGGGGAUUCUAUUGGGACGAAGGUUUCCACCUCCUUCACAUCGGGGCCUGGGAUAACGACUUCAGUCUAGAAAUCCUGAAAGACUGGAUCAAUCUCAUCGAUGAAGAUGGUUGGGUCGCUCGAGAACAAAUACUCGGGGAAGAAGCUCGCAGCAAAGUCCCAAUGGAAUUUAUCACCCAAGUCCCGUCUUACGCCAACCCGCCGACCCUCACAAUGGCAGUAACGGCGUUCAUUGAUAGACUAAAGGCAUUCAAUUCGGGUCCCUCCACCGCUGAGUUAGGCAUGGAUUUCGGCGUGGACUCGCAGAUUGUCAUGGAGGACGAAACGUCAUCACCUCAAACCGGAGAUAAUUAUCUUAGAAAUCCUGAACUGGCGCAGGAAUUCCUACGUUCAAUUUAUCCUAAGCUAAAACGCCAUUACGACUGGUUCCGCCGAACUCAACGUGGUCAAAUUAAACAAUACGGACGGAAAGCUCGUUCUCGUACAGAGGCAUACCGAUGGCGAGGCCGCAGUGAGCAGCAUGUGUUAACGAGCGGCAUGGAUGAUUAUCCUCGUGGACCGCCACAUGCUGGGGAAUUACAUCUUGACUUAAUGUCUUGGAUGGCGUUCUUCACGAGGACAAUGCGUGAUAUUGCGGGUUAUAUCGGUGAAACUGACGAUGAGAAUUCCUUCAUUGCUAUCGAGAAAGCGAUCCUCGAUAAUUUGGAAGACCUUCAUUGGAGUGAGGAGGAUCAGAUGUACUGUGACGUUGGGGUUAACUCGGAUGAUGAGUCGUAUUUCGUCUGCCACAAGGGCUAUCUUUCUCUUUUCCCGGUGCUACUUGGCCUCCUCGAACCAUCAUCACCACACCUCGGUCCGACUCUUGAGAUUCUCCGUUCACCCGAUCACUUAUGGUCACCUUACGGUAUACGCAGCUUGUCUGCCUCACAUCCCGAGUUCGGUCAGGGCGAGAACUAUUGGAAGGGCCCUAUCUGGAUUCAGAUGAACUAUAUGGCAUUGAGUUCUUUGUACAAGGUGUAUGCCAAAGAGCCUGGACCACACCAGUCAAGAGCGAGGGAGAUCUACACGGAGCUGCGCAAGAACAUCAUUGAUAAUGUCUUCAAGGAAUAUGAACGUACUGGAUAUGUAUGGGAACAGUAUGACGCAUUGACGGGAGAGGGUCGGAGAAGUCAUCCUUUCACUGGCUGGACGUCCUUGGUCGCAAUGAGUAAGCAUCUCUUUCGCAAAUUUGUCUCGUUCCUGAUCGACUAA